GGCGGGGCUGGCGGCGGCGGCGGCGGCGGGGCCCAGGCGCAGCCCCCGGCGCCAUGUGGUCCGUGCUGUGGGCGGCCGUGCGCUCCAAGGCCCCGUACGUCACCUUCCCGGUGGCCUUCGUGGUGGGGCUGGUGGGCUACCACCUGGAGUGGUUCCUCCGCGGGGACCCCCAGCCCGCGGCCGAGGAGGAGAAGAGCAUCUCGGAGCAGCGGGAGGACCGCAAGCUGCAGGAGAUCGCGGGCAAGGACCUGACCAAGGUGGUGAGCCUGAAGGACAAGCUGGAGUUCGCCCCUCGGGCCGUGCUGAACAGGAACCGCCCGGAAAAGAGUUAAUGAAGUUGGUUGGGCAGAGGCAGUGCCCUGGAGGGACUGUCCCUGGGGCCGGGGGCCGGCUGCCAGCGGGCUCUGACCUGCAGCUGGAGGGCUCUGACCCGCAGCACUGUGCUGGGGACUCUUUUAUCACCUGCAGCACCUUCCACCAGCUUGCCUCCUGCACCGGGCCCUACCUGGGCAAUGCACUAUGUCCACUGCUGCUCUUCACCCUCCCGGGGCCCGCCAGAGGGUCGGGGUUUGCCUGCCCCACAUGCACUCGAGACACAGCACUCAGACCUCUUUUGUGGCAGGGCGGGCAGAGAGCCAUGCUUCACAGGCAGAGCAUUUCUGAAACCCAUCAGCUCCUGGCCUGGUCUAGCCCCUGAACCACGAAACCCUCUCGGCCUGGUUCCCCACAUCUCUUUAGGUUUCUUCCACGAUGUGAUGAUAGAAGAAACUUGGACCUGAGUGACAAGGAGUUGGGGUCAGGCUAAUGCCUGCGGCAGGAGGAUCGGCUCUUCCGCUUACUGCUCUCCCGUGGCUCUUCAUGAACCCCGACCACAGCUCCAUGCUACUGCCUACCCCCCAGGGGAGCCUGAACAGUGGUGGAGAACUCCGGGGAACCCCUCUCUGCAUCAUCCCCAGGCUUCACAGUGAGGGAGGGGGAUGGGGGGAGGUGCAAGUCCUGGCCCCGAUUCUGUCACAGAGCUCCAAGCGUGGUGGUGGCUUUGGGCUGGUGUGUAGAGAACAAGGAGGGGUCUGCCCUGUACAGGAACAGCCAAAAUAAACUUCUGUCAGUC